AUAAAAAUUGCAAAAAGGAAAUAACAAUAACAACAUAAAGUAUAAAGCACUUGAACAGGCAUAUAAAUGCCCAUAGUCUGUCAGUUGCUACAACAGUUUCGUUCACGUUCUCCCACGUACCAGUGCAAGAAAAACACUUUUCAGCAACAUGGAUUUCAACACUGCCUGCGAAAAAGCCAAAGCUUUCACCAAGAAGCCCACCAACGCUGAGUUCUUGGAAUUCUACGGUCUCUUCAAGCAAGCCACCGUCGGCGAUGUCAACAUUUCUGCUCCCGGCGCUCUUGACUUGACAGCCAAGGCUAAAUUCGACGCAUGGAGUAAGCACAAGGGUUUGUCCCAAGAUGCCGCCAAGGCUGCCUACAUUGCCACCUAUGAGAAAUACGCUCCCAUUUAUGCUUAAGGUGAAAGUUAUGGAAAUGAUAUUUAUACAAAUACUGUUAAAGUAGACGAAAAAAUGGAAUUUUAGGUAAAAAAUAAAAUGAUUUGAAGUUAAA